UCUCAGUAGUAUCGUUUACCGUGCGCGUACUAACAGGAGGAAAAGUGCGCGCAAUGACAAUAACAUUACCGAUCCGCGCGGAGAUUAUGUAAAAUGUUUUAUCUCGGCGCGCAAAUGAUUCUUUUUUUCUUCAAAUUUUUCCUAUGACUCGGCGACGACGGCGGCGCGUGUAAAGUAAUGAAACUCCAGUGCGCCCGUGUGUGUGUGUGAUAGUUUUUCAAUGCCACAAGGAGGGUUUAUCGCACCUUCGUCUUUAAUUUUCAUAAGUCAUCGCGCAACAAUCGCGUUUGCGAGAAUAUAAAAAUUUUAGUCCUAUUGUCGUAGGCGCGGACGUUAAUAACGAAAAUGACGUGAUUUACAGUGCUUCUAAGCUAACGAUUGCUUUUUUGUGUUUUGUUUUUUUUCUUCGACGCUUCUGUACAGGAUUGAUUGACUCCCCGCAUAGACUUUGCAAAUAAGAGCUUUUCUUGAGGUGCUCACAACGAGUGCACAUUAGAAAUGGCUCGCACGAAAUUUCACCUGUGUCUGCUGCUGCUUCAGCUGCUCGUCUAUGGAAAUUUGCUGGAUGCUCGUAAAGCGGCAAGGUCAGCCUCGGCAGCCACCCCAGCAACGAUCGAGGCAGCAGCCGCCGAGCCCUUCUGGCUGGAUCCGGAGGAGCUGAGCGAGGAAAGCAUCGACCUCGUCGACUGGAGGCAGCAUCCCUGCCGGCGCGAAUGCCGCGACAACGAGCCGGCCAUGGAGUGUCGUUACACUUUUCACAUCGAGCACUACUACGCGAUGAGCAAGGCCUGCUACGACUGCCCUUACAACGUGACGGACUGCGCGAGGCCGCACUGCAUCCCGGCGGACGGGGUGAAUCGGCCACUGGUCGUGGUCAAUCGGCAGAUGCCCGGCCCUUCGAUCGAGGUAUGCCAAGGCGAUCGGGUGAUCGUCGACGCGGUCAACAUGAUGCACGCCGACAGCACGACCCUCCACUGGCACGGCCAGCACCUGCGCACCAAUCCCUACAUGGACGGCACACCCUUCGUCUCCCAAUGCCCCAUCCUGCCCGGGGCCUCGUUCCGCUACGACUUCGUCGCCGAGACGGCGGGCUCGCACUUCUGGCACUCGCACGUGGGCUUCCAGCGAGGCGACGGCAUGUUCGGCCCCAUGAUCGUGCGCAAGCAGCCCAAGCGCGACCAGCUGCGCAAUCUCUACGAUCACGACGAGCAUCACCUCAUCAUCUCCGACUGGGAUCACGAGCUCGGGCUGGACAAGUUUUUGGCGCAUUAUCACGGAAUGGGCGAUAACAAGCCGCCAAAUCUACUCGUCAACGGGCUGGGUAGAUUCACCAAGCUGGCGGACGAGAAGCACAAUCGCACGGCUCUCAUGCCCACUGCUACUUUUCGCGUUAAACAGGGCUCUCGGCACCGAUUCCGCAUCAUGAACGCCGAAUUCCUCAACUGUCCGAUCGAGCUGUCGAUCGACAAUCACACACUGUGGGUCGUGAGCUCGGACGGUCGCGACCUCGAGCCGGUCGAGGCCAGAUCUCUGGUCACCUACGCCGGCGAGCGCUUCGACGUCAUCGUCGAGAUGGACCAGGCCGUGGCCAAUUACUGGAUCAGAUUCCGUGGGCUGCUCGACUGCGGGCCGACCUUCACCAAGGCCUAUCAGGUCGCGGUGCUGCGCUACGAGGGCGCACCCGAGGACGAGGACCCCGAGGCCGAGGUCGACUACGAUCUGCCGGCCAAGGAAGCUGGAUUGCUGCAAAUAAACUCGCUGAACAAAGGAACGGAGACGGAGGAAAUAAUGAGCGUGCCGCAAUUAGACGCUCUAGAUAAAAACGGGAUAGCCAACGAUCCGUUGAUAGAGCCCGAUUACAAGUUUUACAUAUCCUAUGACUUUUACGCCAAAGACAACUCGGAAUUUCACCGCAAAAAUCUCUACGGUUUUCAUCAAGUGGCUCACAAGAGGCAGAAGGUCGGCACGCCGCAGCUCAAUCACAUAUCGAUGAAGAUGCCGACGUUCCCGCUCAUGUCGCAGACCGAGCAGAUCGACUCGUCGGGAUUUUGCAACAGCAGCACUGUGGAGGGUUGCGAAACGGACUACUGCAAGUGCAGCCACGUGCUACAAGUCAAGCUCGGCAGCGUCGUCGAGCUCAUCCUCGUCGACGAAGGUGUACCCUACGACGCGAAUCAUCCGUUCCAUUUACACGGGCACGAUUUUCGCGUGCUGGCGAUGGAGCGUCUGGCGAGCAACGUGACCGUCGACCAAGUCAAGAGGCACGACGCCGAGGGACGCAUCAAGCGGAAGUUCGACCGGGCGCCCAUUAAGGACACGGUCACAGUGCCCGACGGCGGCUACACCGUCAUCAGAUUCCACGCCGAUAAUCCUGGUUACUGGCUAUUCCACUGCCACAUCGAGUUCCACUCGGAGGUCGGCAUGGCCCUGGUCUUUAAGAUCGGCGAGCACGAGGAUUUCGCCCCGGUACCGGUCAACUUCCCUCGCUGCGGCGAUUACCGAUCGAACGGCCUGACUACGACUACGACUACCACAACGACGACUACACCGAGGACAACGACGAGCAAGAGACCGGUAAAGAUCGACAACGUCGAGGACAACGAGAUCGGCUAUCACGCGGAGAACGAAGUACGCAAGUCCAUCGCUACGUGGCUUCCGCUGAUACUAAGCGAGAUUCGGGCCUACAAUUCGUCCGGAACCAUCGCGACCACCUGGUCCGUCUUCGGCUUGAUCAUGAGCCUGUCUUGGUCGCUCAGCUGAUCGUCCUCUCGUAUUAUUACUAUAUGAAUAGCUCCUCGUUUUUUUUAUGCGAACGAUGAGCGCAUUGCCAAUUGUACAUAUAGUCCCCCACCCCCCAAACUCGCGGACUUUUGUGAAAAGUCUCCGCGACGAAAGAACUUGUCAGUACUGUAAUUUCCUGUUUAUAGAGUAAUUAAAUUACUAAGAUUGUAAGAUAGAUUUUUAAGAUAAAUUGACUUUUGUAUUGUACAUAGAGAUUAGUGAGUAAGAUUUUUUUGUUCUCGUCGUAUUAUCGCGGAGAUGUUGAGAACAUACUCUAAAUGCGACUUGAAAUGUAUUUUUUAUUUAUAAAUAUAGCUCUAAGCUUGCUUAUAGAUUAUUAUUUUUC